AUGAACUUGGGGAAGAAUUCCAUUUAUGAAAAAAAUCUCAGCCGUAGAAAUAGCGAGAUCAAUAUAUCGUCGCUAAGUUUCCUAUUCUGUGAGAUGGUGUCGUAUUGCCACUCAAACUCAAAGAGCAUUUCUGAGUUGGAAAAUAAAUUGAACAUAUUGGGGUACUCGAUUGGAGCAAAGAUCUUGGAGUUGAACUGCUACAGAGAGAACAUAUUGACGAUAAAGAAGCAGUUGAAGCGCGAAUUGAAGAUCAUAGAGAUUCUCCAGUUCAUCCACACAGUGAUCUGGAAGAACUUGUUUAGCAAGAUGGCGGACGAGUUGGAGAAGAGCCAGGACAUUGCCAACGAGUUCAUGGUGAUCGACAACAACCCCAUCAUCUCGCAGUUCAUCUCUGUGCCCAGAGAGUUGAAGCAGUUGAACUGCAACGCCUUCGUCGCCGGGAUCGUGGAGGGCGUGCUCGACGCCGCUUACUUCCAGUGUACCGUCACCGCACACACCGUGCCCCGCGACGGUCAUCCGCUCCGCACCGUCUUCUUGAUCAAGUUCGACCCUGCCGUCAUCGAACGCGAAAAUAUCCGGUACGGCUACUAG